AUGAAGAGGAGCCCGCUGGAUGUAGUAGACUCUACAGAGUGUGCUUCCUCUGAUGGUGAUUUAUCAGACGGAAGCAGUAAUAACCACCACUUUAAACCCCAGGCAUUUGUGAAAGCAAAAAGACAAAAGACCAAGCUAGAAGAAUCCCCAGUUGAUAGCGAUUGUGAGGAUGAUUACCUUACGUUUGAAAUAGAAGGUGAAGAAGAUUCUACGAAAUUAGCAAAGCCUGUUGAGCAUGUUCCGCUUUCAAAACUAUUACCGAAGGGCUUGAAAAUGAUGCAGAGCAUGGGCUACAAAGCUGGAGAUGAUCAAAAGGCAAGCGGUCUGAUACCCAUUGAGAUUAAGACUGAUAGAGUUGGUAUCAAGAUUAAGAGCCACGAAAAGGCCACUGGAACUGGUGAUCUAACAAACGACAACGCUGAAACGCACUUCAGAGAACGUGUUGCCGCAAGAAAUAAGAUGGAACACAAGCAGCGAAUAUUAAAACAGAUGCAAAAAAUAGCUUUCACAUUAACUGGUGAUGUAGAUCUUCUUUCAUCGACAAGUGAUCCCCGAGACUUCAACGUACUAUGGCGGGAUUACGCAAUAGAAUUGUUGAAAGAAAUAACGGCCACUGAUUCCAGUGAAUCUGAAUCUGAGCUAGCAAUGCCCGAAGACGAUGAACUAGUCAUGUUUCACCAAUUAAGCACUGAUGAACAAAUCGAAAAGCUAAACACAUUUCUCAGAGCCGAACUGCGAUACUGUUUCUACUGCGGGAGCAAGUACAAAAACGACGAGGACCUCUAUUCUCAUUGCCCUGGAUUUACAGAAGAGGAUCACCAAUGA